UUUGUGUCUCUCCCUCCUUCUCUCUCCUCCCCUCUAUCUCUCCAUCCCUUCUCCUUUUCUCUUUCCCUCCGUCCCUUCUCUCCCUCACUCCUCCCUCGUUCCCUCCCACUCUCCCUCCCUCCCGCCUAUGCUUCCCUUUACACCUCCCUCUGACCGCCCUGCUCCACCCCCUGCCGAUGUGUCCCUCCUUCCCUCGCCAGCAUCGCCGGGCGAUGUUCAGCUCCAAGUCGGCUCCCACCCUGCCGUCCUACUUCAGCGAGGGCUCGGAGACGGACAAGCUGGAUAUCAGCACCAAGGUCCAGCUGCACGGCGUCCUGUGGAAGCGGCCGUUCGGCAGGCAGUCAGCCAAAUGGUCCAAGAGGUUCUUCCUUGUCAAGGACAGCUUCUUGCUUUAUUAUGCUGAGAAUGAAAGGAAAAACUUUGAGAGUAACAAAUACUUCAACAUUCACCCCAAGGGGGUGAUUCCGCUGGGCGGAUGCAUCGUGGAGGCAAAGGAGGAGUCCAACAUGCCCUUUGUGAUGAAGAUUUCGCACGAUGAUUUCCACGGGAACAUUUUACUCGCAGCGGAGACUGAAUUUGAUCAGCAGCACUGGCUGCAUAUGCUGCAGGAAUCCGGGAAGGUAACGUGGCAGAAUGCACAACUCGGGGAGGCGAUGAUCGGAAGCCUGGAAGCCCAGGGCUUGCAGCUGGCCAAGGAGAAGCAAGAGUACUUGGACAAGCUGAUGGAGGAGACCGAGGAACUGUGUCUGCAACGGGAGCAGAAAGAGGAGCUGCAGCGACUAAACCAUAUCCUUGAGGCGGAGAAAAACAAGAUUGAGGAAAUGGUGCAGGAUUUGAGGUUGGAGCAAGAACAGAUAAAGAGUGAGCUGGAGGUGACGGUGAAGUCAUUAACGGCAAUUGAGGAAGAAAAGAAAGAUUUGCACCAACUAUCAGAAUCCCUGCAAAACAAUUUAGAGACUCUGUCGCAGGAAAAGCAGAGGACCCUGGAGAAGCUGCAGGACAGCGAGCAGCAGACACAGCAGCUGACCAGCCAGAACGUGCAGCUGUCCGAGUCCAGUGGCUCCUUCCGCACCAUCCUGCAGCGCAUCGAGGACGACAUGAAGAAGCUGCAGGGAGAGAAAGUGCUGGCGGAAGAAAGGUUGCGGGAGAGGGAGCAGCGAUCGUUGGCGCUGCAGGAGGAGCGGGAAUUUUACUCCAGCCAGUCCCGGGAGCUGCAGCUCUCACUGUCCGAGCUCACCGCCGCGAAACAGCAGACUGAGAGCGAGCUGAGGGAGGAGAUGAAGUCUCGCGUGCAGCUGGAGCGCCGGCUGAAGGAUGCGGAGGAGGCCUUGGUGCGGCUGGAGCAAGGGCUGUCCUCCAACGAGCGCACUGUCGAGAGGACCGAGCGGAUGAAGGGAGACGUGGGCGAGCUGAGGAAGUUCUUUGAGGAGUGCAUCCGGAAGGCUGAGAUCGAGGCCAACCUGCCGAUCAUCAUGAAGAACUCUGUCUACGUGCAGCGGGCCGCCGCUCGCCGGAUAAAGAGCUGCCGGUUCCGCCGGAGGAAGUCCACCGCCGUCUGGAACUCUUUCGCGAACAAUUCCCACUCUCUGGCUGUCCCCCAAGGUGAAGGUGAAGAGGAAAUGGAGGAGCUGAAGGAAACAGCCAGGAAACUGAGCAGAGACCGCCGUUUCCGCGAGACCGUCUACAAGUACAUGACCUUCAAAGAUUCCUCAAAGUCCUGAUGCUCGUGAGAGGAAGUUCUGCUUUGCUGUAAUGUGAUGCUUAUAUUUUAGGAGCUGUUUUCAAUGCCAACCUAUGUAAAGCUGGGUGGGCAUGAGUAGGUCAAUGCAAUAGACUUUUAGUUUCACCUCUGCACUAGCAGCCAGCAGCAGGCUACUUUAAUCAACAUCUCUGCUGUCUAUUAGUGAGCUGGGUUCCAAUGGAGUUUUGGGACCUUGACUCAUUUCUUCAUACGUUGUAAACUAUUCCCUGGUUUAGCCCGCUUGAUCAGAACUCCCAGGAUGCCGAGCGUGGGAUUGCAGUUCAAGGAGGAACAGCUCUUGAAAUCACAGUGCCAACGGCUGGCUAGAGUUAGGUGGAUGUGAGGGUCUGUAUUUACUCUGCACUUUUAUCUUGAGUUCCAUUAACUCCAGCCACCAAACUCGAGAACCAGUUUCAUUUGCAACAUCCCUCAGUUUAAUAAGUGAAACAAUUAAUGUGAUCAAUUUAAAGGAGCAAACUGUUCGUGAGGGAGCAAAUCUUAUUAAAAGCCACUGUGGUAUUAUAAUUAAAACUGUUGAAGGGAUCUCCAGAGAUGUGUCUCGUGCAUUUGCUAGUACAUUCUCAGAAGUGUCACCAGCCAUGGUUUUGUCACACAUCUAAUUAAAACAUUCAUGUGGCACAAUUGGAAACGUUUCUGGGGCGGUUAUUUGCUGCACUGCUGGUGUAGGAAGGGCACAAGAAACCACAAAGAUUGGACAAUAUCCAUGGCACCUAUUUUGCAUUCACAGUCUUCCUUGUAGUUCCCUGAUCUCUCUGGAUCACUGCACAAUCCUACCAUGACCCUAAUUGAUGUGUCAGGGUCAUUGACUGAACCUUUGCGAAUUCCAGUUGGAAUGUGUAUGGUGCUGGGUGAACCAGAAUCAAGGCUUGUGAGCUUGAGGGCAGCAGAGAAUCAAUUUAAUUCCGGUCCAGCUACAGAGACAGGGUCUUGCUUGGGACAGCUGAAAGCUUGUCAGCGACAGGGAAUGCAUUCCCUGUUGGCACGGUUCUAUGCACUAAAACCUCUGCAGCAGCACAGUGCAAAGGAAAAGGAAGUGGCUAACUCAACAAAUAGCAGACAUCUGCAUUGGGUUUUCUGUAUCUAUUGGGGAAGUACAUGUGAGGCAAGUGUUUUUUCUGAGGAGGAAACAAUAGAAAAACCCCUGCCUGUGGGAUGAAGACCUCUCUCUGUGGUGGCUGAUGGGAUCAGAAUGAACAGAGAAAUAAAUUCUCUACAAUCCAUGAACAGUGCAACAUAAACCCCACUCCAGAGAUUUCUAGGUAAGGUGAAAACCAGACCACUCUGGGGAAGCAAAAUUCAGGAAGGGCUGUCUCUGAUCAAUUCAAGAGGUUGAAGGAAGUCUAGGAGUCCAUUGUGGCUCUGAUAAAUGUCACCAGGGACUCACUGUCUGACCUAGCCACGUCCACCUCUUGCUGAAUAUAGUGCAGACAGUCAGCUUCCACUACACUACACUAAUAUGUGCACUAGAACACUCAGAUCUUUCAAAGCCUGAUUAGGAUAUUUUUGUGGCCCAAUGCUGACGGUUCAUUAUGAUAUGGUACUUUAUUUGUCACAUGUACCGAGGUACAGUGAAAUCCAUUUUUGUAUACAGUUCAGUACAUGUAUCACUACACAUAAGCACUUAGAUACUUAUUAGAUAAGCAUUUCAGAUACAGUUCAAAUGUAGUACACUAUUACAGUAUAGGGCAUCGCCAGUUUGGCAUCAUUUUCAAGUCCCAGUUGUAAGUGCAGGAUGCUUGAUCUGACCAUGAAGGAUCUGUUGUCCUGGUCGCGUUGCAGGGUCGGCCUGGCCAAGUGGUAUUCUCCGCCACUGCAGGCUGUGUCCAGGCCACAUGCUCGGCCUCUUUGAGCGACGCCUGGACCAGCUGAGCCCCAGGCAGCUGCAGGACCUCCAACCGCCGAGGCCAUGCACUCCCUUCCGCAGCCGAUCUGCUAACCGGCCCUCCAGGUGGGUUCCCAUAGGUCCUCGACCCGAGGCGGGCGAGCCGGGUCUUCCGGGCGGUUCCCCAGGCUAUGGGCUGCGGCUCUCCGGGAUACUCCCCACCCCGCUUGCGGCUCCCCGGGAUACCCUCUGUUCACAUGCAAAGAAAGACUUAAUUCUAAGGUAAAUGCAAUUUACCACAUGUAAGCCCAAUUCUCUGAGAUGAGACAAGAACAGUCCGUAAUCUAGCAACAUCUUCAAUACUCACUAUACUCCACAAUACUUCGUCACUUAAAUCCAACUAUUGUAUCCACUUCCACCACCUGCAGUGAGUUCCAAGCACCCACCACUCUCUGUGUAAAAAAAACUUGCCCUACACAUCUCCAUAAUAGACAAUAAGUGCAGGCGUAGGCGAACAUUUGCCCUCCUUACAUCCAGUUCCUUAACACAAACAACGAUGAACGAUCCUGAUAUGCAAUCCUGUGAAACUGCACUAAGCUUCAAACGAAUCGAAAUCCGACCACAACCAUUCUACGUCCCUUCAGCCAAAUAACAGUCUAUCUAAUUACAGAGACAUUGAAACUUAUUUUGACACAAGCCAUGGCCUAUCAUGUCCAUGGCUUAAAAUAGACCAAUUAAUCCCACUUCCUGAAUCUGGUCCAUAGCCGUGUAGGUCACAGCUCCUCCAGUCCACAUUCAGGCAUGGUUUAAAGUCACUGGGCUUUCUGCCUCAGUUGCCCUUUCAGGCAGAGCAUUCCAGACACCCACUCCCUUCUAAUCCAACCAUUUUACUUAAACCAUGCCCCUGGCCUUUGCAAAAAGAAAUAACUCUUCUGUUUAUCCUGCAUAGACCUCUCAUCAUUUUACACGCCUCAAUUAUAACACACCACAAUUAAAUCAUUCCUCCAUUCCCUUUAUUUCAAAGAAAACACCUCCAAUCUCUUCCUUUAAUUGUAAUCCCUCUGUCCUGGCAACAUUCUCUUCUGUCUCCCUUAUACUUUGUCGCUAUUAUAUCCUUUGUUUGUAUUGCAACCGGUACAUUUACUCAACUGUUUCAUGCAAGACAUCUUUACCCUCAUUGUCACUGGCUCCACUGGUAUAGGCAAGUAUGUGUAGGUAGGAACUAUAGAUGCCGGUUUAAACCGAAGAUAGACGCAAAAAGCUGGAGUAACUCAGCAGGUCAGCCAGCAUCUCUGGAGAAAAGGAAUAGGUGACAUUUUGGGUUGAGACCCUUCUUCAGACUGAGAGUCAGGUGAAAGGGAAACAAGAGAUAUAGAUGGUGAUGUAGGGAGAAAUAGAACAAAUGAAUGAAUAAAUAUGUAAAAAAGUAUGGUUUCACUUCCACCUUAUCCACCUGCCACACUUUCUUCAUAUUUUGUCCACAUUUUGGACAUGCACUCCAAGAUGCCUCUAUUCUUCUAAGCAAGCUGUAUUUUAUCAUGAAGGUAGAAGGAAACAUGAAGUGCUGGAGAAACUCAGCAGGUCAGACAGCAUUGGAUGGAAUGGAAAGAUGGCAUUUCGGGUCAGGGUCCUUCUUCAGACUGAUAGGAGUAAGAAUGAGAAAGCCUGAAAAGAGAGGUGGGGCGGGACAAGAUCUGGCAGGCGAAGGGUGGAUACAAGAGAGGGGGUUUUGAUUGGCAGAUGGGUAAAGUAAAUGACAAAGGCUAAAGGUGAAAAGGAGACAAAAGAGUAUCAGAUAAGGAGAGAAGAGGAGGAGGAAUGAGAUAACACAUACCAAUGAGCAUUUUCAUGGGAGACGAACAGCAUAGAAUGGAAUGAAGAAGUCAUAGAUUCAAGCCAUCCCAAUAGCUCAUGUAGACAAGGAAUUGCAGAUGCUGUUUUACAAAAAAAAGUCACAAAGUGCAGGAGAAACUCACUGGGUCAGGCAUCAUCGUUGGAGAACAAGGAUCAGUGAUGUUUUGGGUCAGGAACCAUCUACGGAACAAUAAGAGCAGUGGAGUCCGAAAAAGGGCUCCAACUCAAAAAUCCACCUAACCAUGUUCUCCAGGGAUCCUGCCUGACACACUGAGUAACUCAAGUGCAUUGUAGUCUUUUUUUCCCCAUUGCUCAUGUUUCAGGGUAGCACGUUGAAGCUCUGUAUGAGCCAGUCCGUGUGUGCACAUUGUUCCCGAUCCAAACAGUUCAAUCUUACUCAUCAUAACCAGAUGCCAUGAGAUUACUAAGAGAUGCAAAAUCUUUUCAUUGCAGUACCGUUAUCUGCAAUAAAUUACCAUUUAGUAUGAGAGAGACAAUCAAAGCAGCAGACCUGAUGCUCAGCUUCCACAUACUAAAUGAUAAUGAGAAGAUGGAAUUAGCAGGCUCUGGUAGGUUCCUGGGAACACCACUAGCAGCAGGCUCAUCUCCAUACCACACGCACAACAUCCUGUCUUGGAAAUAUAUCCCUUCACCAUCACUGAACAUCCUCCCCGACAUCGCUGUCGAGGGUAGCAUCACC